AUGCACCUGGUCAGGCCGGAAGUACGAGUCUCGUUACCGGACCUCGCCGACACCUUGUCGGAACGGCGGACUCGUCACUUCCACCGCGCAUAUCUCGUCUCUAACACCCCCACAGUCGAUCAGCAUGCCCUGAUCUACGGUAAGCCACGGUCCAACGUUCCAAAAGUGGGCUUUAUUUUCACCGGUCAGGGAUCUCAAUGGCCGCAGAUGGGGAAGGCCCUUGUCGAUACGUUCCCGUCUUCCCAACGGCUGCUGCGGCACUUGGACGCAGUGCUGCAGGCGCUUCCCCAUCCUCCCCAGUGGAGCUUGUAUGAUGAGUUGACGUGUCCCCGAUCAUCGGACCAUGUGCGCCAACCAGAGCUCUCUCAACCACUGGUGACAGCCCUUCAAUUGCUGAUUACUGAUCUUCUCAGCACCUGGUGCGUCCAACCCGCCAGUGUGGUGGGUCACUCGUCCGGCGAGAUUGCUGCUUUCGUCGCGGCUGGCUUGCUGGAACCUGAAGACGCAAUCCAAAUUGCAUAUUACCGCGGUGAAGCCGCUGUAGAUCUGCAGGAUGAUUUGCGACCGAAGCUGGGGAUGAUGGCGGCGGGUCUAAGCGAUACAAGCCCUCUCCUACAGCAGAUACUCCAGCGUCACUCUGGGGCCGUUGCUCUAGCCUGUAUCAACUCUCCGCAAAGCGUGACUCUAUCGGGCCACGUUUCAGCUCUUGAGACCGUGUGCCACCAGCUCCAUAGCACGGCCAUUUUGCGCAUCUGCUGCAGGUGGACCUGCCAUACCAUUCUCCCUUCAUGGCUGACAUUGCAGCCCACUACAAAAGCUUGCUAG